AUGCAAGGAAAAACCAGAAAGGAAAGAAAGCGUAAAUGGGGGUGGGCGUACCUGGAAGUUAGGGAGAAAACUGAGGAGGUGAGGAGCAAAAUACGCGUAGGAGAGAUCAACCGCACAGAGAAUGGGGAAAUGGAAAAAGCCAAAAGAAAUCAAAGCAGAAACUCACGCCGACACUCACACUCCCUCAGUCCUCAGUCCUCAGUCCUCACCUCAGUCCCUCAUUUCAGCUCAGUCCGACACUCCCUCUCCCUCAGCAACUCACUCCGACACUCCCUCACUCCCUCAGUCACGCCUCUCUCGCCUCCUCACCCUCACUCCGAAGCUCAUCUAUCCAGGUCAGUUGAACUAAUUGGAUUGUGCUCACAACCUGAAGCUGGUGGUCGCCCCCAAAAAAACAAAGUAAAAGGGUGGAGGGUUCUUCAACUAUAUCUGGAGAUAGUACAUUUCAAUCCAUUCCUGAUGAUGGAGAGCCAAAUGAAGAUGAUGGGAGUUGUGCCACAAUUGAUGGGAGUUGUGUCACAAUUGUGGAAGAUUAAACAUUUUGUAUUAAUUUAGUAGCUUUUUUAAUUUCUUAGACUUGUUGGAUUAAUUUGUUGGUUUGUAAUUAU